UGUACCCACUGGACUCCAACACUUCAGAGUCAAGAUCAAGGUGGUGGUGAAGCCGGUUCGGCGGGAAUCGCUCGCGAGUGAAUUUGUGAAAUUUGAGAAACAUGCAAAGUUUUCUGAAAACGGGCAAGUUGGGGUCGGGGAGCGGAGCCGGCCCUUCAGGAGACAAACAAUCCGGAAAAGGGCAGAAGCGAGGGAACAGACCAACUCCCUGGGUAGAGAAAUACCGGCCCAAAACUGUUGACGAUGUCGUGGAGCAGGGCGACGUUGUCGAAGUCUUGCGUCAGUGUCUCUCAGGUGCCGAUUUGCCUAACCUACUGCUCUAUGGCCCCCCGGGUACUGGUAAAACGAGUACUAUUCUGGCAGCAGCAAGGCAGCUGUUUGGGGAUAUGUAUAGAGACAGAAUCCUUGAGCUCAAUGCCUCAGACGAAAGAGGAAUCCAGAUCAUUCGUGACAAGGUGAAGUCGUUCGCCCAGUUGUCAGCUAGUGGUAUCAGGCCUGAUGGGAAGCCAUGCCCAGCUUUCAAAAUUGUCAUCCUUGAUGAGGCAGACUCCAUGACUCAUGCUGCUCAAGCUGCCUUACGAAGAACUAUGGAAAAACAGACACGUACUACCAGGUUUUGUCUUGUUUGCAAUUAUGUAAGCCGUAUUAUUCAGCCUCUCACAUCAAGAUGCACUAAAUUCCGCUUUAAACCUUUAGGUGAAGUGAAAAUUAUUGAAAGAUUGCAGUUCAUAUCUUCUCAGGAAAAUGUGAACAUAGAGCAAGAUGCUUUGCAAUCUUUGAUUGCCGCUGCUGGAGGAGAUCUUCGGAGAGCUAUCACUUGCCUUCAGUCUUGUGCUCGUCUAAAGGGCAAAGAUGAUACAUCAGCUAUUACCCCAGAUGAUGUUGUUGAAGUUAUGGGUGUCAUUCCAAGCAGAUGGAUUGAUGGACUAAUGAGUGUUUCUGAAGAAUUUGAUUAUUAUAAGGUUACUGAAUACCUAGAUCAGUUCAUAAUGGAAGGUUAUUCUGCUGGACAGCUUUUGGAACAACUUCAUUUAAAAAUUGUGAUGUGUGACACAAUAAGUGACAAACAUAAAGCAACUAUUUGUGAGAAAUUAGCAGUUUGUGCUUAUAGACUACAAGAAGGUGCCAGUGAAUACCUUCAAAUGGCAGAUUUAUGUUGUACACUCAUGCUGUGCCUGCGACAAUAGAUCACACUACUGACUUAUUUGUAAUUUUUCUUUUUUAAUUUGUGAGGGACUUGUUUCUCUUUUCUCAAUUCAUUUCUGUUCUCAUCCUGUAUAUGGUAAGUAUUAAGUAUAUGUCCUGUGAUAUCAAUGGUCCUUUAAAAUUGAUGUAUUGAACUGAACUGCUCAUUAUGAUAAUAAAAUAACAAUACUUUA